CGACGCCGUCACUGGAACCUAUAUUUCAAACAGAAGUGAUUUUUUUUUUUUUUUUUUGAGUUCGUAAAGUCUUGGAAGCCAGUGUCGUUCAAGUUAUUUUCAUUUGGGUUUUUUGUUUGUUUGUUUGUUUGUUUUUAAGUGAAAAUUAAGGUGUUCAAUUAAUCAAAGACGACCUAUUUUGAUUAAAAGCAGAAUACUUUGGAGAUAACCUAUAGCCUACAAUUCAAAUUAUUCUACGAAUUACUGUGGGAGUCACAUUCCAUCCGCUCCCGGUGCAGAGCAGCAAUGGAUCUCUCUGGUUUUAGCACGCUGAACUUUUCGUCGGAGGGAAAUCGUUCUUACCAGUACACUCUGUACGAAACGCCCGUUUAUAAGGAGUAUAAACCGCUUCCGCAUGACCUCAUCCAGCUUCCCACAGCGUUAUUAUACUUAGUAUUAGCGGCUAUCGUGGUGGUAGGGGUUGCUUACGCAAUCGUGGGGCAUUUGAUUAAAGACCUUAUUCAUGACAUCUUAGACUGUACUCUGGGACCAUGUGAUGAGGACCUGAAGGAGACCAGUGAGAUGGGCAGGUUGAGCCCCACCCACAUUCCGGUGGCCCUCAGCCUCUCUCACCCAAAUGCCUUCCAUGUGUGGGACCAGGGUGAUGUGGUGAUCCUUGCAGGAGAGGCCUCAGGCCAGCCCACUGCUGGCUGGCAUACCUUACACCCCACACUUCUUUCCUUCCUCCUGUCACAACAGCCAGCCACCCCACAUCCAGUUACCCCACACUCACAUCCAGUCACCCCACAGGCAGCCUCCCUACAUCCAGUCACCCCACACCUACAGUCAGUCACCCCACAGGCAGCCUCCCCACAUCCAGUCACCCCACACCCACAGUCAGUCACCCCACACCCACAGUCAGUCACCCCACAGGCAGCCUCCCCACAUCCAGUCACCCCACACCCACAGUCAGUCACCCCACAGUCAGUCACCCCACAGGCAGCCUCCUCACAUCCAGUCACCCCACACCCACAGUCAGUCACCCCACAGGCAGCCUCCUCACAUCCAGUCACCCCACACCCACAGUCAGCCUCCUCACAUCCAGUCACCCCACACCCACAGUCAGUCACCCUGCAUCCAGCCUCCCCACUGCCAGUUGCCCCACAGUCACUUGCCCAGAUCCAGCUCUCCCACAGCAAGACCCCAGUCACAAGCCCCACAGAAAGCCUUCUUCUACCCCUGGCUGCCCCUCCCCACAGCCUGGCUCUACCUUUAAUUGGCCCAUACCCAUGA